AUGUCGGCUCCAUUUGGCGACCAUGUGUCCAUUGUAGUUUUCGGGGCUUCCGGAGACUUGGCCAAAAAGAAAACGUUCCCUGCCUUAUUUGGCUUGUUCCGUCAGGGCCAAUUGCCCGCUUCGGUGAAGAUUUUUGGUUACGCCCGUUCAAAAUUGUCUCAAGAAGAUUUCAGAGAAAGAGUCGAACCCAAUUUUAAGACCAAGAAUGACAAAGACAAAGAAAAAGUCAAGGAGUUCUUGGACUUGUGUACGUACCAUUCUGGUCAAUACGACACCGAUGAGGGGUACAAAGAGUUGCUCAAGGAAAUCACUGAAUUCGAAAAAUCCGGCAACGUUUCCAAACCAGAACGUUUGUUCUACUUGGCUUUACCACCAUCUACAUUCACUGUGGUGGCUCUGCAAUUGAAGAAGCUUGUGUACCCUGAAAAUGGUGCUGUCAGAUUGAUCGUGGAGAAGCCUUUCGGUCAUGACUUGGAGUCUUCUCGUAAGUUGCAAAAGGACUUGGCUCCUUUGUUUUCCGAGGAGGAAUUGUACAGAAUUGACCAUUACUUGGGUAAGGAAAUGGUGAAGAAUUUGUUGGUUUUGCGUUUCGGAAACCAAUUGUUGAAUGCUGCUUGGAACAAGGAACACAUUCAGUCGAUCCAGAUCUCGUUCAAGGAAGCUUUCGGAACUGAAGGUAGAGGAGGAUACUUUGACGAAAUCGGUAUUGUGAGAGAUGUGAUGCAAAACCACAUUUUGCAGGUAUUGACCUUGUUAACUAUGGAACGUCCAGUUUCAUUUGACCCGGAAGCUAUUCGUGAUGAAAAGGUCAAGGUGUUGAAAGCAUUUGCUCCAUUGAACAACGAUGACAUUCUUUUGGGUCAAUACUCCAAGUCUGAGGAUGGCAAGAAGCCAGGUUAUUUGGAUGACGAAACAGUCAAGAAGGACUCUAAAUGUGUCACCUACGCAGCAAUUGGCGCCAGAAUUAACAAUGAGAGAUGGGAGGAUGUCCCAAUCGUCAUGAGAGCAGGAAAAGCAUUAGAUGAGUCAAAGGUGGAGAUCAGAAUCCAAUUUAAGCCGGUUCCCAGAGGCAUGUUUGAACAGAUCCAAAGUAACGAGUUGGUUAUCAGAAUUCAACCCGACGAAGCUGUUUACAUGAAGAUCAACUCCAAGAUUCCUGGUAUCUCCACCGAGACGGCAUUGACCGACUUGGACUUGACUUACUCCAAGAGAUACUCCAAGGACUUCUGGAUCCCCGAGGCUUACGAGACGUUGAUCCGAGACUGUCUUCUUGGCAAUCACUCCAACUUUGUCAGAGACGACGAGUUGGAUGUGUCGUGGCAAUUGUUCACUCCAUUGUUGAACUACAUCGAGUCUGACAAGGCUCCAGUUCCCGAGAAAUAUCCAUACGGAUCCAAGGGACCCAAAGGAUUAAGAGACUUUUUGGGCAAGCACAACUACGUCUUUACCGACGAAGGAACUUAUCAAUGGCCUUUGACGAGACCAGAUGUUAAGGGCAAGAUAUAG